GACUGAGAUUUCAGCUCUCUGUUGAAUGCACAAUCUCAAGGCAUAGUAACUGAGCUGCAGAGAUAUGGAUGUCAAGUACAAUGUCCGGGUGACAACGGGGAACCUUGUCCAUUCAGGGACGUUCGACUCCAUUUCCAUCACUUUGGUUGGAACUGAGGGAGAGAGCCCCAAAACUGCCCUGGACAACUGGGGAGUGGACUUCUAUACCGGUGCGGUGAGUGAUUAUGAGGUCUCCUGUAAACACGACCUGGGAGAUAUUGUGCUCCUCCGUCUCCACAAAGAAUGCAUGCUCAAGCUCUUUGCCACAAACUGGUACUGCACCUUCAUCACCGUGACAUCCCCGAAAGGGGCAGAAUACCGCUUCCCUUGUUACCAGUGGAUGGAAGGGUGCCAGACUUUGGAGCUGAGGGAGGGAACAGCUAAAACCCCUGCCAUGGAUACGUUACCCUUACUCAAAGACUUCCGGAUUAAGGAGCUUCAGAAGAGGCAGUCUGAUUAUGGGUGGAAGGUAUUUGCGGAAGGUAUCCCCCACUGUCUGGAUGUCUCAUCUAUGACGGAGCUAGAAAGUGAGGUCAAAUUUUCCUUCACCAAAGGGGCCCUCUUUGCUGAACGUGGAGCAAGCAAGACAAUAGAGCUCAAGCUGAGAGGUUACUCUGACAGCCAAGAAUCCUGGGAGAAGUUAGAGGACAUCAAGGACGUUUUCUGGUUCAACAAGUCAGAUAUUUCAGAAUACGUCACAGAGCACUGGAAAGAAGAUGCUUUCUUUGGGUACCAGUUCCUGAACGGAUUGAAUCCAAGAAUGAUCCAGAGAUGCACCAAGAUCCCUCCAAAUUUCCCCGUGACCAAUGAGAUGGUGACCAAGUCCCUUGGAGAUGAUACUACGCUGGAAAAUGAGCUGGAGAAGGGCAACAUCUUCAUUGUGGACUACAAGAUCCUGGAGGAUGUCCCGGCCGGGCUGAAUAAUGAGUGCCAGCGGUACAUUGCUGUCCCCUUGUGCUUGCUGCACCUCUCCAAAGAAAAGCAUCUCAUGCCCUUGGCUAUUCAGCUCAGCCAGACCCCAGGCCCAGAAUCACCCAUCUUCCUGCCAAGUGACCCUGAAUGGGAUUGGAUCCUGGCCAAAACCUGGGUGCGCAAUGCCGACUUCCACGUCCAUCAGUAUGUCUCGCAUCUGCUCCGAACCCACCUGUUGGCAGAGGUGUUUGCUUUGGCCACCAUUCGCCAGCUGCCUACAUGCCACCCACUCUACAAGCUCCUGAUUCCUCACACACGCUACACUUUUCACAUCAACACUGUGGGACGGGAGACCCUCAUGUCAAAAGGGGGGAUCUUUGAUCAGCAAACUGCUCUUGGUUUCGAGGGCAUGGUGAAACUGUUGCAAAAAGGAACUAAGGCCUUGACUUUGACUUCACUGUGCCUUCCGGAAGACCUGGAGGCUCGCGGAGUGUCCUCGUUGCCCCAUUAUUACUACAAGGAGGACGGUCUGAAGCUCUGGGCAGCCGUUGAGAGAUUCGUCUCCGACAUCAUCAACUUGUAUUAUCCAAAUGAUCAUUCUGUGAAGGAAGAUUGUGAGCUGCAGAAGUGGAUGGAGGAGGUCUUUGAGAAAGGUUUUAUGGGCCAAGAGUCUUCUGGUGUCUCUUCCUCAUUCUCAUCUGUGCAAGAGUUGAAAAAGUUCCUGACUAUGGUGAUUUAUACCUGUUCAGCCCAGCAUUCAGCAGUCAACAGUGGACAGUUUGAUUUUGGCUCUUGGAUGCCCAACUUUCCAUCAUCGAUGAGGAAACCCCCUCCAUCCACCAAGGGCACGGCAAACCUGGAGGACUACAAAGACACCAUCCCUGAGAUCAACAUCACCAGCACCAUUCUCAGCACCCUAUGGCUGCUCAGCGCCCCUCCAGGAGACAUGAUACCCCUGGGCAAUUAUCCGGAGGAGCAUUUCACAGAAGAGUCACCCAGAAGACUCAUUGCUGACUUCCAAGAGGAACUGAAGAAGAUUUCCAAUGAAAUUGAGGAGAGGAACAAGUCCAUGGCCAAGAUGGGGGGACCGGUCCCUUUCGGCUACAAGUAUCUCUACCCCCCAGAGAUCGAGAACAGUGUCUCCAUCUAAGCCAUAGGGGAGAAAAGGCCUCUAACAACUGUUGCUACAGUCUAUCUCUUUCUGUAUUUUCUUUGCAUGGUUUUCUGCAUAUGUUUAAUAGGCAUGAUAUGCCUCAAUAAGGUAAAUAUCAGAAUCAGGUGGUGGGCGUAAGUAUUUCCUUAGCAGUGUGUGCUGAAGCAGCUGUCACUCAAGCUUUGAAUCUAAUUGACAUAGGAUGUCUCUUGUGUUAGAUGGGAAAGUAAGAAUGAGGA